GCAGGGCAGGGCAGGGCCGGAGCGGGCCGUGAGUCGCGGAGCCGAGGUUGAUGCUAGCCGGCGGGCGGUGCGGGCGGCCCCGCCCGUGAUGCGUGUCCCGCGGGGGCUGCCGGGCCCAGCGCCGGCUCGCUGAGGCUCCGCGGGCCCCGGCUCCGUGUGGCCGGCGAGGUGAGGAGGAGAGCUGGCCGCGGCCAUGCCGUGCACCUGCGGGAACUGGCGGCGGUGGAUCCGGCCGUUGGUGGUGCUGCUGUACAUCGUGGGGCUGCUGGUGGUGGUGCCGCUCUGCGUGUGGGAGCUGCAGAAGCUGGAGGUUGGCAUCCACACCAAGGCAUGGUUUAUCGCUGGGAUAUUUCUACUAAUGACUAUUCCAAUAUCUCUCUGGGGAAUACUACAACACUUAGUCCAUUAUACUCAACCUGAGUUGCAGAAACCAAUCAUAAGGAUCCUGUGGAUGGUGCCAAUUUACAGUUUAGACAGUUGGAUAGCUUUGAAAUACCCCAACAUUGCAAUAUAUGUGGAUACAUGUCGAGAGUGCUAUGAAGCUUAUGUCAUCUAUAAUUUUAUGGUUUUUCUUUCAAAUUACCUGACCAACCGCUACCCAAACCUCGUACUAAUCAUAGAAGCCAAAGAUCAGCAGAGACAUCUGCCUCCUCUGUGCUGCUGCCCAGCAUGGGCUAUGGGAGAAGUCCUGUUGUUCAGAUGUAAGCUGGGUGUUUUGCAGUACACUGUUGUCAGGCCCUUUACCACCAUUAUUGCUUUGAUCUGUGAACUGGUGGGAGUGUAUGAUGAAGGCAACUUCAGCUUCAGCAAUGCUUGGACUUACUUGGUUAUACUGAACAACAUGUCACAGCUGUUUGCCAUGUACUGUCUGGUGCUGUUUUACAAAGUGCUGCGUGAGGAGCUGAACCCCAUCCAACCUGUGGGCAAGUUCCUUUGUGUGAAGAUGGUAGUUUUUGUUUCUUUCUGGCAAGCUGUGCUGAUUGCAUUGCUGGUGAAAGUUGGUGUCAUUUCUGAGAAGCACACCUGGGACUGGCAGAGUGUGGAAGCUGUGGCUACAGGCCUACAGGAUUUUAUCAUUUGUGUUGAGAUGUUCCUGGCUGCUAUUGCACACCACUACAGCUUCUCCUAUAAACCUUAUGUCCAAGAAGCUGAAGAAGGGUCAUGCUUUGACUCCUUCCUUGCCAUGUGGGAUAUUUCUGAUCUAAGGGCAGAUAUAUCUGAGCAGGUUCGCAAUGUGGGAAGGACAGUUCUGGGCCAGCCAAGGAAAAUGUUUUUUGCGGAGGAUCAUGAACAAAACGAGCACACAAGUUUACUGUCUUCAUCUACUCAAGACCCAAUUUCUGAUGCUUCUUCAGUGCCCUCUUCCCCCAUGGGUCACUAUCAGGGGUUUGGACACACGGUGACACCCCUGACAACACCCACGACAGCCCCUGCCGUUGAUGGCAUUUAUAGCACUGCUGCUGUGGGAGAUGCUGAGGAGUCACCCCAGCUGGAGCACAAGUCAUCAGGCAAAUCUCUGGGCCAAAGUUAGACUCCUCUUUCCUUUGGGAGCAGCCAGAGUCUGGCCUUGCCUUGCCAUGGGUGUUAACUGUUGGUGAUGGAAUGUGGAAGGCAGAGACAGGAUGAGGAUGUGGCCAUGCCUGACAGUUGAAUUCUGACUCUAAGGGACGUGUCGGAGCACCCCUGGAGCAUAAACCACGCACACUAUAAAGGGGUCUGCUUACACGGGAGUCAACUCCUUCAGCUGCUCAGCAUGCACUUACAUGUCACCUCAGAGUUGCACUGGCUUGUAGUGACACAAAAGAAGUGCUCUGCUGAAGAUGAAGUGUAAGUACUACUACCCCUGGGAACACUUAACUUCAAGAAUGUAAUCCAAGGAGGGCAGUAGCAAAAGGUGUGUAGCAGCUUUAGUUCUCCUCUCUAUGACGGUUAACUUCCAUACCCCAGUGCUGAGUGUGGAUGAAAAGGUAACUUCUGUACAGCUGCCCUUCUGCCCUUCCCUGCACAGCUAAGUAAGCCCCCUUGAUGGAGGCAGUUCCGACAGGGCAGCAGUAAAGAAUCCCUACCAAGAAAGCAUUCCUUGCAGGCCUUGCUGUAGAAUUCCAUGCCCAGAGCAAACGGUUGGUGUAUCUCCUGUCCUUGUAGCUCAUCCUCUUUAAGUCCUUCACACUCAGAAAGGACAGCCAGAACACUAAGCUUUGGAUUAAUACUCUACACUAUCAAAAAGGAUACUCUUUUCCUCUCCUCAUAAAACAAGAGUAACGGUUCACUACCUUGAGUGCGUGGAGGAGUAGACUGAAGGAUGGCAAAAGGAAGUAGGAAAGAAAGCAGAUUUCUUUAUUUGGGGCUGCAAUAAAUUCUUUAACACUUAAUUUUUCUUCAGCUGCUAAAGCAGAAGAUCCUGAGCUUGUGUCCAUAGUCCUUUGUAUUCAUCUGUGUUUGUGCAGUUAUUGUGUUAUGCUUCUAGUAGAUUCAAAUGUAACAGUUGAUGAUUCCCCCCCACCCCAGAGAAGACCUUUGCAAAGGUGAGACCAAGUAGGUAGAGUUACUAGUAUUAGACUCCAGUCCAAGGAGGAGAAAUGUUAUCUUGCAAAGCCUGGCAAGAAUCAGGGAUACUGUUUGAUCCCAUUACCAGAUUUUAACCUCUUGCAUGUUUGCAGCCUGGCAGCAGCAAACCCUCCCCUCUAGAGCAUUGACUUGGAAGUGACAGUUGAAGUUUCAGCCUCGUUAGCAGUUGCAGGCUCAGUGUUUAACCUGUGGCUGUCCCCAGUGACUUCAUGUGAAGUGCUUCUGUUGCAGUACUAGUGUGAUGUACAGACGGCGCCUUACUCACUAGGCUGCAGCUUUCAGCUGCCUCUGGCCUUGCUCUACCUGAACUUAGUGGGAAAGUGCAAAGCUUGAUUUUCAGCUUGCCAACUCAUUGCCUUUGUUGUACAUAAGCAAUUAAAGAUUUUAUUUAAACUGUUCA